GUCCGCAAAGAUUUGUUUUUUCUCUAACAAAAAACUCGAGGAGAACCAGCUUUAGUCACCAUAAUAACGUGGUUAAUUAACCUCUUCAAAAAAAUUUUGUUUUUUUGCAUGGCCAGCUCAGCAUUUUACUCAGCUUCUAAUUUUCUUAUAAAACAUAAUCCCAAUUUACUCAAUGAUAUAUCUCACUAUCUGCCCUCAUUACAUUCCCAUCAUGUUCUAAUCAAACUUGUAAGCCAUGAAACCAGAGAUGAACAAUUUGUUAGGCAAAAAUCAGCAGACAGUACUUUUCAUGCUCUUUGCCAUUAAUGUCCUUUCGUGCAUUUCCGAAGAGCGCGACAUCUACUUAGUUCUACUUGAAGGCGAGCCAGCUGCAUUUCAUCAAGCUAAUUCGACAUUUGAUAAACACAAUAAACAACAUUUUUUCGACAGAGAAGCUUGUGAUGCUCAUGCAAAGCGCCUGGUCGACUCGCACAACGAAUUUCUACAAAACACAUUAGAUGAAGGCAGCUAUAAAAAGCUAUACAGCUUCAAACACAUAGUUAAUGGAUUUGCAGUUGAGAGACUGAAAGGAUCUCCUGGAGUAAAGGUUGUGGAGAAAGACAGAGGAGCCAAGUUAAUGACGAGUCACUCACCGGAGUUUUUACGGUUGCCAUUAGUUUGGACUGACGAGAAAGGCAAUGAUGGUUGUGAAAAUGCUGGUGAAGGGAUUGUGAUUGGUUUUGUGGACUCAGGCAUAAACCCACUUCACCCGAGUUUCUCUUACGAUCCUUUGAAACCGGAGUUAGUGUCAAAUGGGUCUCGUUUUUCCGGGGCUUGCGAGGGAGGCCCACUUUUUCCCGAGACUUCUUGCAAUGGUAAAGUCGUUUCUGCUAGGUUUUUCGCGGCCGGAGCUCAAGCUGCAGCAACUCUUAAUUCUUCUGUGGAUAUUUUGUCGCCAUUUGAUUCGGAAGGACACGGAAGUCAUGUGGCCUCGACGGCUGCUGGGAAUUUUGGAGUUCCAGUGGUUGUAGAUGGCUUCUUCUUCGGUCGAGCUAGUGGGAUGGCGCCACGUGCAAGAAUUGCUGUGUACAAAGCUGUUUAUCCUACUGUGGGAACUUUAACAGACGUGUUAGCAGCAAUUGAUCAGGCUGUAUUAGACGGAGUUGAUAUCUUAACUCUCUCCGUGGGACCCGAUGCUCCACCAGAGGACACGCUUACAUUCUUGAGCACAUUUGACAUAUUCUUAUUAUCUGCACGAAAAGCCGGAGUCUUUGUUGUUCAGGCCGCUGGCAAUCUUGGGCCGGGCCCAUACAGUGUCGUUUCGUACAGCCCAUGGGCUUUUGGUGUUGCCGCCUGUAACACAGACAGAAGUUACCCCGGCACUCUUACCCUUGGCAACGGUCAAAAUAUAGGCGGAGUUGGAUUGUCAGGUCCGAGUUUUGGAAAUGGAUUGAUUCAGCAUAGACUGGUGCUUGCUCGGGAUGCAAUUAGGGUGAAUCGAACAUUUCCCAAUACUCCAGAUUACAUAGACGAGUGCCAGUACUCGGAGGCGCUGGACCCCACAUUGGUGAAUCAAAGUGUAGUUAUCUGCACCUUCUCGACCGGUUUUUACAAUGGAACUUCGAACCUGACAGCCAUAAUCGACACAGCAAAGAUGCUCGGGUUUUCAGGUUUCGUGCUUGUGGCGAACCCUGAUUAUGGGGACUUUAUUGCUGAACCUAUUCCGUUUUCUGUUCCUGGAAUAUUGAUCCCAAGGGCUAGUGAUGCAAAGAUCAUAUCUGAAUAUUAUGAAGAGCAAACACAAAGAGAUAAAAAUGGGGUUGUUAUAAGGUUCAGUGGGAGGGCAGCUAUAGGAGAAGGCAGAACAGCUUCUUACACAGAAAGAGCGCCUGUUGUGAGCAGAUUCUCGUCAAGAGGUCCCGAUUACAUCGACCAAAAGAGAAACCCAACCGAUGUCCUCAAGCCCGAUAUUUUAGCUCCGGGCCACCAAAUUUGGGCCGCUUGGAGCCCAAUGAGUGUCCAGAACCCAAUCCUGUCUGCCGUAUCUCUGUUUUUCUCGCCUAACGAUCCAAAUGGUUUGCCCUCAGGCUACAGUUUUGCACUUAUAUCAGGAACUAGCAUGGCAACACCUCAUAUUGCAGGCAUAGCUGCAAUAAUCAAGCAAAAGAACCCCAAUUGGUCUCCCUCGAUGAUUGCUUCGGCUAUGUCGACUACAGCCAUUAAACACGACAAUCGAGGAGAUCCAAUCAUGGCUGAAGGUUUUGCUGCCUACACACUUUAUCCAGCCGCCCCUUUUGGUUUUGGUGCUGGUCUAGUGAAUCCUAUCCAAGCCCUCGAUCCAGGACUUGUCUUUUCAUCUGAUUAUGAAGAUUACCUCAAUUUCUUGUGCUCUCUACCAAAUACCGAUCCCGAGAAAAUCAGAAGUGCAACUGGAGGAACAUGUGCAGCUGCUUUUAGCAACCCUUCGGAUUUGAACCAGCCAUCGGUCACAAUAACUGCACUUUCUGGAAUGAGAAUGACACAGAGAGUUGUUAAGAAUGUGGCGAGAAUACGAGAGACUUACCUGUGUGCCGUGUUCCCACCAAAUGGAGUCACAGUUAAAGUGGAUCCAUUAUGGUUUACUUUAGCUCCUGGAGAAUCUCAAAUCUUGGAGAUAAGAUUACUUGUCGAUCGGGCGCUCGAUGACUUCAGCUUUGGGGAAAUUGUGCUCACGGGGAGUUUGAAUCACAUUGUGAGGAUGCCGCUGUCAGUUUUUCCGAUUUCUGCUUGA